AUGCACCGUAGUGCUGCUACCGUUGUAGCAUGCCACUACAGGCUGCCGGAAGAGCUCACCGAUCAAGGUUCUUUCGAAGCAGUGCAGGAUGCCUUCCACCGGGCCAUGGCUCUUACAGUGCUUGAGCAUCCGAUGUUGCAAGUAGGCAUUCUAAACGAAGACUCGGCUGUACCAUCCUGGAUCGAGCUUGAUUCCGUUGAUCUGAGUGCGCACAUUGAGUGGGAAGAAGUCAAGCCUUCACAGGACCGCAUGGCUCGUUCGCGGGAGGUGACUCUAUACCAGCUUGAUACCUUUUUUGCUGAUGUAGAAUCCAAGCCUGGCUGGAGGAUGUCAGUUCUCAGGGAAGAAGGGAACCUCUCGUCUCUCGAGGUUAUCUUUGCUUGGAACCAUGCCAAUGUGGAUGGUGUGUCCGGCAAGAUCUUCCACCAAAGCCUGCUGCGCAACCUCAAUGAUCCCAGGAUCAACGAAGAGUUGCCUUCUCUUGAAGGAACGGUGCUCCAUCUUGAGAGUGUGGCCGACAGGUUCCCUCCUCCGCCAGAAAGCCUUGUCAAUAUCCCCAUCUCGCUAACAUUUGCCCUCUCAACCAUCUGGAAAGAACGCAGACCCCCAUUCCUCGUGUGGGGUGAUUCUACGCACGCAACCUGGGCCCCGAUCCGCGAGGAGCCAUACAAGACCCAGUUCCGAACAUUUUCGGUUGAUGAUGCGACAGUGAAGAAGGUUGUCAGUGCGUGCCGAGAACACAAGACUACCAUUGCCGGUCUCUUACAUGCACUGCCACUGGCAUCCCUGGCUCUGCAGCUAGACGAGGGCAAGGAGCAUUACAAGGAGGACGCCAAAACGAUGCAUGCCAUUACUGCCUUGGAUACUCGUCGGUUCAUGCCCACGAAACCCAAGGAAUAUCCGUGGCAUGUGCCCGAGAGAACCAUGGAUAAUGAACUCAGCCUCUCCUUCCACAUGUUCGAUUCCAAGCUCCUAGCCGAAAUCCGAAGCAAGGCGAAGGGAGUAUCCUCCGAGAACGAGGUCAUGGGUGUGCUCAAGGAUAUCGUUUGGUCUGCCGCAGCCAAGACUAGACAAGAGAUCCAGGAGAAGCUCGACAACGGUAUGAACAACGACCUGCUAGGUUUGAUGAAGUUUGUCCCAGACUGGCGAGCACAAAAGAUGAACCAGCUCAAGAAGCCACGAGGAAGUGCAUGGGGUGUCUCCAACCUGGGAACUCUAGACGGGGAGGUGGAGGGUCCCGGUUGGAAGAUCGAGAGAGCCGUGUUUCAGCUGAGUUGCGAGAUUACCUCGCCCGUGUUCCAUAUCAGCUCCAUCAGCGUAAAGGGCAGAGAGCUCUGCGUGGACAUAAGCUGGCAAGAGGGCGUGAUCGAUGAGGCAAUUGGUGAUAAGCUGGCUGAGGAUAUGGAAGCUUGGUUAAGGUUUCUUGGUGCGUAG